ACACACAUCUUUUCGGGAAGUUCUGUUAUUAAUGUGAUUGGCGAUCAGUUGGCAGGCUAUUCUUGGGACGAUUGAUCAUAUUCGAUAAAUUAGUGGCUCGAUCGAUUCGGACGUUGUAGCUGGCGUUAACUAUUGUCAGAAGUUAACUAUCGGCCAAGCUAGCACAUCUAGGCUAGCUAGCCUGUAUCAACCUUUACCUGAUUUGACUGGAGCUACUUUACUGGACUGAUAACUAGCAUCAGAUAACUAGUCAGUGCAGUCGUGAUUUCCUCGACAUUCUGCGGCCGGGGUACUACUGUUCGAAGUGAAGACGGCCAGGCUCUUCUUUUAACCACAUUGCCAUGGAGGACCCCUUUGACAGUGAGCGAGCGUCCCUGCCCAGGAACAUGAUAGAGAACAGCAUGUUUGAGGAGGAACCUGACGUGGUGGACCUGGCCAAAGACUCCACAGCCUUCCCGGGAUUCCCGGCGUUGGACCCAGAUGAGGUGGUGUACGAGCCCCGUAGCUCCCGUCUGCUGGUGCGUGGUCUGGGAGAGAACGACUUGGACGAUGAGGAGGAGGACUAUGAGUCGUCAGCCCGCCUACUGGGCAUGUCCUUCAUGAACAGAAGCUCUGCACGCAGUCCUAGCUCCUCCCCUUAUACCAGACAGGCCCCACCUAGGUCUUGUUCCUGCCCCUCGACUCGUAAGCUGGUGGUGGGCGUGUUCAUCUUGGUACUGGUGUCUUCCAUGGCUAUGGCUCUCUACUUUCUGCCUGGCUGUACCUUCACUAAGGCUGGCUGUCAUAAGGACAACUCCUCAACACCUAUUGAGCCUGUCUAUCCUAACAGCACCACUGGGGAGCCGUUCCCCUGGAAUGAGCCCCGCCUUCCAGCCAGUGUUCGGCCUGUGAACUACAACCUCUCCCUAACUCCCAACUUGACUUCGAAGACCUUCACCGGACGCACUGUAAUCAACAUGAUGAUACAGCAUGACACCAAACGCGUGGUACUGCACAGCUCUGACCUCAAUAUCACCAAGGCAACCUUUCAGGUUGGAAAGGACAAGAGUGUAGAAGUGAAGGUGUUGGAGUACAAGCCAUGGCAGCUGAUAGCUGUGAGCUUCCCAGAGGAUCUGAAGGCAGGCCAGGUGUGUGUGUUAACACUGGAAUACAAGGCCAACCUAUCAAACACCUACGACGGAUUCUACAACAGCUCCUACAACGAUGUGACUGGAGCUAAGAGGGUCCUAGCUGCCACCCAGUUUGAGCCCCAGGCCGCCAGGAAAGCCUUCCCUUGUUUUGAUGAGCCAGCCUUUAAAGCCACCUUCCUGGUCAGGAUCACCAGAGAACCUGAAUACAUCACUCUGUCCAACAUGCCCAAGGCUAAGACGACUACAUUACCCAGCGGCCUGCUGGAGGAUGAGUUUGAGCAGACAAGUGUUAAUAUGAGCACUUACCUGGUGGCCUUCAUCGUAGCCAACUUCACCAGCGUCAGUAGAAAUGUCUCCAAUACCCUGGUGUCAGUGUACUCUGUGGCAGAGAAGAAGGAACACACACACUAUGCUCUGGACGCCGCCUCCAAACUGCUGCAGUUCUACAACACCAUCUUUGAUGUUGACUACCCUCUGAGGAAACUGGACCUGGUGGCUAUCCCAGACUUCCUGGCAGGAGCGAUGGAGAACUGGGGUCUGAUCACCUUCAGAGAGACCACCCUGCUGGUGGGUAACCAGUCAUCCCCUCUGGACAAACAGCUCGUGGCUAACGUGGUAGCCCAUGAGCUGGCCCACCAGUGGUUUGGGAAUCUGGUGACCAUGCGUUGGUGGAAUGACCUGUGGCUGAGCGAGGGCUUCGCCACCUACUGGCAGUACACGUCCCUAACCACAGUGUUCCCCCAGCUGUACCCAGGUGAUGAGUUCCUGGAGGUGCGGUUUAAGGCGAUGGCCAAGGAUUCUCUGAACUCCACCCACUCAGUGUCAGUCUCAUCCCAGAUGACCAGUCCUGAAGACGUGUUGGAGAUGUUUGACUCGGUCACCUAUGAAAAGGGUGCGUCCCUACUGCUGAUGUUGAACUCCACUCUACCAGACGGCCAGUUCCGGAAGGGAUUGAUUGAGUACCUGAACAAAUACAGGGGCUCUAACUCUGUUACUGAUGACUUGUGGAACAGCCUCACACAGGCCCAAGUGCUUCCCCAGCAGGAGAGCGUGUCAGACAUGAUGAGAACAUGGACGCUGCAGAAAGGCUUCCCAUUGGUCACUGUCAGCUGCAAGGAUGGCCAGGUGAACCUCACACAGGAACCUUUCCUACUAUCCAGAGAAAACACCACACACACCUCCAGCCUGUGGCACAUCCCAGUGUCGUAUGUUAACGACAGCUGUAGCCAGGCCCCUUCCUGCAGGCAGCUGUUCGUUCUCCGGAAUAAGACGGCCACUCUGAAGGUGUCAGACAGUGUGAAGUGGCUGAAGCUGAACUACAUGAACACAGGCUUCUAUAUAGUUCACUAUGGAGUGGAGGGCUGGGCAGCUCUCAUAAACACUCUGAAGACUGACAUUAGCUCCUUCACAGCCCACGACCGCGCUUCUCUCAUCCACAACAUGUUCGCCCUGUCCAGGCUGGGUCGGGUGUCCUUCCCGCAGGUUCUCAGUCUGUUGGGAUAUCUCACCAAGGAGACCGAGACUGCCCCUCUGAAAGAGGCCCUGUCACAACUUUCGUCUGUCUACCGCCUACUGGACAAAAGACCUGACCCAUAUUUGGUGUCACGAAUGAAGGGAUACAUCUUGAAUCUUUUUGGCCCUCUGAUAAACAGUCUGGACUGGGGAGAGGAGCAGAGUGUAUCCAGACAGGAGCUGAGGUCGGCCCUGUUUGAGAUGGCCUGCGGUCUGGGACAAGAGAACUGUACGGACCAGGCCAAGGUCCUGUAUGAUCAGAGGACCAACUCAACUCAACCCAAAAUAAUCCCUGGUGAUCUGGAGCGAGUGGUGUUCUCUGUGGCGGCCCAGUCUGACUCCGGUUGGCUGUCUCUCCUGGAGGCUUACGGACACACUACAUAUGACUCUGAGAAGAGGAAGAUACUGCAGGCUCUGGCCUCCACCCAGGACACACGACGAAUCGUAUGGAUUCUGAACGCAGGACUGCAGGGAUCGAUUAUCCAGACCCAGGAGCUGCCGUUGCUCAUCGGCACCGUGAGCGAUGGCUUUGCUGGCCACUUGUUUGUCUGGAAUUUUGUCAAAGAGAACUGGGACAGUAUCAUUGAGAAGUUUCCAUUGGGGUCUUAUCCCAUCCAGAGCAUAAUCAAGUCCACCACCUCCCAGUUCUCUACGCAGAUGCACCUGGAGGAGGUCCAGGGCUUCUUCUCGGGUCUUAAGGAGCGGGGGCAUCCGAUGCGCAGUGUCCAGGAGGCUUUGGAGACCAUCAGACUGAACCAGGACUGGAUGGACAGGAACCUUCCAGCACUCAGACAAUCGCUCUAACAUGGCCAACUGGCAAAUGUCACCCCUGGCAACCUGCUAUGGGGACGGUAUUGGCAUGGCAAUGGCAGUGUUUGCACUAUAGUAGGGCUGGUCUCAAAUGACAUCUUCUUCCCCAUAGUUACCAAGUAGAGCACUGUGUAGGGGAUGGGGAUUGUUUGGGUCUUGUCCUAUGAGUUGUAUUAGCUCAGGUUGGCUUUUUUAGAUCGGUCAGACUCCAACUUCUCUCCCUCUACUUCGCUUACAGCUUUCACCUUAACACCCUUACUUGACACACAGCAGCUCAUCUUUUUCUUUCUUACUCCGCGCUCUUCACGUUACAUGGAAGUGACCUGUCCCUUCCUCCAGCACUAGUGCAUGUGUAGCACCCCCUAGAGGAUUAAGGAAAACAACAUGCUGUGUGUCAUUAGUGUGGAUCACCUGCCACACUCCAGGCUCUGACUAACUGAAGUCUCUCAGGCCCUGGCCUUGCCUCCAGCUCCGGUCCUGAUGUCUGUUGACGGCCAGAGUUGGGCUACAGAACUGACAUUCAAUGUAAAGGUGUUAGGUGACGCGAGGCCCGCCUCAUAGAGAAACGCCAGGAUACAGAGCAUGUACAAACUGUUACAAGGUAAACCGUUAAAGGGAAAUUUAAAUGUUUUGUUAAUAUUUAAAUUGACUCUACCAAAUCUCCACCAGUGUGGGUGUGUUAGUUAAGAUGGUCGGAUGGUAUAAACAUUUUUGGGUGACGCCCCAGCACUUCCUGUGGGCACGUCUUCUGCUGUUCUGACUUCCAUUUUUACGUUUCGACAGUUGAUAUCAGAUAACUCACUCCAUUUUAGUUAAACAUGAAUGUGACUGGCUUGCUGUCGUGCUUUUAAACAGGUUGGAGUAUAGUUAAGACCGCUUUUCUACCUUUCUUUUGCGUAUAGGACAAUCUGUUUUACUGGCAAUGGUUUUAAAGAUGUGAUUAUUGUGUAAAUACGUCUCUGGUCUCUACCUGACUUUUUGCUUGUCAUGUGUGUGCAAUUUUGUUUCUUGUUUUUAACGUACGUUUAUUGUUUUUAACAUAAGUUUAUUAUUUUUAAUGUCUAAAGUGUGAUGCCAAAUACCUAAGAGUCCUGUACAAAAUGCUUUUAAUGGGUUUGUUUAUACUAAAUAAUUAUUUAUUCCGUUGAAUGUGGGGUCACUCCAAGGCUCAUAUUUGUAUGAGAUACAGCCAACUGUGGAUACAUACUGGUAUUUGGCCAAUUUAUCAAUUGUCUGAUUGGUUAGCCUGGCUCACUGUGGGUUAGGCCAUGUCAGUACUGUGUGCACAGGUCUAUGGUACUCCGCUCUCAAUGGUAGCCCUGACUGUAGAACAUAAUUCAAUCAGCAUCCUAGCUGGCUCUAGGUAGAUGUUUCCUGUUGGAACAAAUCUAGGAUCAGUCCCCCUGCACCGUAAUGCCAAUGCAAACCAAAUAUGGAACCGAUCUUUUAUCAGUCUGGGAAUAACUUCAUGCUACCUCCUCGUUCCUGCUGCAGUCCUGGCUGCUGCUGUUAACCACUGAAUGUCCUGAAGAUGCUCUUCUAUUACACAACAUGGCCAAUGACUAUCUAGCCCCUCUUUUCAUGGAACUCCUGGUACUCCCAUUCUGAAGGGGCAUUUACUUCUCAGUGUCUCACUCCCAAUGUUUUGAUGAGAUGUUGAAAACAUUUAAACAGGUCAUAUUGGUGGUUACAAUUGGAUGAUGAAUCUUUUUCUUUGAUGAGAAUUGUGAAUCAUUGCUGAUACGUCAGUGUCAGUCACUAGAAAUCAGCCUGUACCUCAGGGCUCAAGGCGGUAAUGUUAAUAACUGUACACUGAAUCUUUCACUGAAACUACUGCCAUAGAGCCUAUCUGAACCUGUCUUAAAGCUGUCAUAACCAAAUUAUCAUGAAAGCUGAUACAAUCUUACGCUUCUUUUACUCUUCCAUAAUGUGCUGGUUAGAUUUUUGUCUAGCAAUUUAAUCAACAUUGUGUCAUUAGUGAUUAGUAUGUUUACUUAAGAUGUUUGCUAUGUCAUUUAUAUGACUGUGUUAUUAAUAACCAAUAAGGCAAGAGGAGGUUUGGUAUAUGUCCAGGGCUUUUCUUAGGCCCAACUCAAUAGAUCUUAGCCCUGGUAUAUUGGCAGUAUCUCACAAGACCUCUGAGGUGCCUUAUUGUUGUUAUAGGCAGGCUACCUACUAAAUUACAACUUACUUUUUUUCUCUCAUACCCAUGGUAAAAUCUGGUUUACCACAGCUUUCAGCCAAUCAGCUUUCAAGGCUCAAACCACCAAGUUAGUAAUGCCUUAUAUCCGAUGGUUUAAGUGUUACAGUGAAGUGUUUUCAGACCUGGGUUGAGGUGGCAUGUUGCCAUGCUAUAGUCUCUCUCUCUACAAGAAGGUUCUAUUCGACAGUGGAUUCUUGUCAGAGGGUGAUGCUCAUUUUAAGUUGUGCUUUACACUGGGGUUGAAUGAUACUGGUAUUUGUCAGGCUUUCCUUGCCUUAAAAAUAAAUAAAACAUUUUCUGGA